GAAUUUCAGAGUUCAACAAGAGGCCUCUAAUGUGAAGAUACAUCUACAUUAAACCCGGAAUCACUGGUCAGUUAUAUUUGGAAAGCAAAUCUUGGAAAAAUUAAACAUUUGUGAAAUUCCAUCAUGGAAAUCAAAGAAGAAGGAACAUCAGAAGAAGGCCAGCACUUUCUUCCCACAACCCAGGCAAAUGACCCUGCAAACUCCCAGUUCACCAGUAUCCAGAAGACUCCAAAUGAACCACAGUUAGAAUUCAUACUUGCAUGCAAGGAUCUCGUGGCUCCUGUCCGUGAUCGGAAACUGAAUACAGUGGUGCAGAUCUCAGUAAUACACCCUGCUCAGCAGAAUCUGACAAGAUACGCCAGCACUGAAAUUGUGGAGGGAACAAGGGACCCGCUGUUUCUGACGGGUGUCACAUUCCCAUCUGAGUAUCCCAUCUAUGAGGAGACCAAAAUCAAGCUAACGGUCUACGAUGUCAAGGAUAAGUCUCAUGACACCGUUCGAACCUGCGCCCUCCCUGAAGACAAGGACCCCCCUGUGGAAAUUGGGAGGAGCUUCUUGGGCUAUGCCAGUUUUAAAGUCGGGGAGCUACUGAAGUCAAAGGAGCAGCUGCUGUCCCUAAGCCUGAGAACUUCAGAUGGUGGCAAAGUGGUUGGCAGCAUAGAAGUCAGUGUUGUGAAGAUGGGGGAGGCUGAAGAUGGAGAAACUGACCACAUUACAACAGAUAUGCAGGGACAAAAGUGUCCCCUGGUAUGGGAAAGUACAUCCCCAGAAAGUGUGAGCGGGAAAGAUAACUUGCCUUUUUUGAAUACAGUAUUAAAGAAUCCAGUGUGUAAACUAUAUAGAUUUCCGACAUCUGACAAUAAGUGGAUGCGAAUCCGGGAGCAAAUGUCAGAGAGUGUACUUUCUUUUCACAUUCCUAAGGAAUUGAUUUCCCUUCACAUAAAAGAAGAUUUGUGUAGAAACCAGGAGCUAAAAGAACUUGGUGAACUUUCCCCACACUGGGACAAUCUACGGAAAAAUGUCCUGACUCACUGUGAUCAAAUGGUGAACAUGUAUCAAGACAUUUUGACAGAACUUAACCGGGAAACAGGGUCUUCUUUCAAAUCAAGCAGCAGUAAAGGAGAGAAAACAUUAGAAUUUGUUCCUGUAAAUCUGCAUUUGCAAAGAAUGCAUGUACACAGCCCUCACCUGAAAGAUGCUCUCUAUGAUGUCAUCACUGUGGGAGCCCCAGCAGCCCAUUUUCAGGGGUUUAAGAACGGUGGUCUUCGGAAGUUACUCCAUAGAUUUGAAACAGAGAGAAGAAAUACUGGAUACCAGUAUAUUUACUACUCACCUGAAAACACAGCCAAAGCAAAAGAAGUUCUGAGCAACAUCAAUCAGCUGCAGCCUCUUAUAGCAACCCAUGCGGACCGACUGCUUAGUUCUGCCAGCCAGCGUUCUCCAGACAGCUUGAAGAAUUCUUUAAAAAUGCUUGCAGAACAAACAGAGCUUUUUGUACAUGCCUUCAAGGAUCAACUGGUCAGAAGCGCUCUUCUAGCACUCUACACUGCAAGACCAGGGGGAAUCCUGAAGAAGACACCCUCUCCUAAGGGAAGUAAAGAGGAGAGCGGCCCCCGAGAGCAGCCCCCACCACUGAAAAGGCAGGACUCCAUACCACAUCAUUCAGACUACGAUGAGGAAGAGUGGGACAGGGUGUGGGCCAGUGUGGGGAAGAGCCUGAACUGCGUAAUAGCGAUGGUGGAUCAAUUGAUUGAAAGAGACGGUGGUGGUGAAGGCACUGCUGACAGCAGCGAAGAUGGAGAAAAGGACCCUUCACUAGUGGAUUCCAUCAUGCCUCAGCCAACGGAGGACUGGUAUGAGCAGUUGUACCCCCUCAUCCUCACUCUGAAAGACUGCAUGGGAGAAGUAGUGAACCGAGCCAAGCAGUCCCUCACGUUUGUGCUUCUCCAGGAACUGGCAUACAGCUUGCCACAGUGUUUGAUGCUCACACUGAGAAGAGACAUCGUCUUCAGCCAAGCACUGGCUGGAUUGGUUUGUGGUUUUAUCAUCAAAUUGCAUUCAAGUUUAAAUGACCCUGGAUUCCUGCAGCAGCUUUAUACCGUGGGGUUGAUAGUACAAUAUGAAGGAUUGCUAAGUACAUACAGUGAUGAAAUUGGAAUGCUAGAGGACAUGGCUGUUGGCAUUUCAGAUUUAAAGAAAGUAGCAUUUAAAAUCACUGAAGCCAAAUCCAAUGAUGUCUUGCCAGUCAUAACAGGAAGACGUGAACAUUAUGUGGUGGAGGUCAAGCUUCCAGCCUCGAUGUUUGACUUGCUGCCUCUACAGAUCAAGGAAGGACAGCUGCUUCGUGUGCAUCCAGUUCUUUUCAAUGUUGGAAUCAAUGAACAGCAAACUCUUGCUGAGAGGUUUGGAGAUGUCUCUUUGCAAGAAAAUAUUAAUCAAGAAAAUUUUGAACUGCUAAAAGAGUAUUAUAAAAUAUUUAUGGAAAAGAUGCCUCCUGAUUACAUUUCACAUUUUCAAGAACAGUAUGAUGUAAAAGGAUUACUAGAAAAUCUUCAUCAAAAUAUCCAAGCCAAAAAAAGAAAAAAUGUGGAAAUCAUGUGGCUGGCUGCAACGAUUUGUCGCAAACUAAAUGGCAUCCGUUUCACUUGCUGUAAAAGUGCCAAAGACAGGACCUCGAUGUCGGUUACACUCGAACAGUGCUCCAUCCUGAGGGAUGAACACCAGUUGCACAAGGACUACUUCAUCCGGGCGCUGGACUGUAUGAGAAGCAGACAAACCCAGGGAGCACUGAGUGAAUCCGAUGAUCCUGAGACAGGCUGUCUAACUGACAACAAGCCAACUUCUCGACACUUCUACCCUGUCGCCUUGCUGCUUGUCAGCUCGCACCUGCUAGUAGUGUGGCUCAUUUUAAGUCUUGCAUUGCUAUUAGCCAAAUACCAAUAAGUUUUACAUUCUAUUCCUUUCUUUUCUAUAAAUGACAUUGGACUUUGAAUUAUGGGGACAAUGCUGUAAUAUUUCUACAUUUUCAGAUCCAAAAAAUUUAAAGCAAUGUUUGAAUUAAAAGUGUUUUUGUUUUUCCUAAAAUUUAAGAAACAUAAAGUACUAUGCAUUAAGUGGAUUAUUUUGCUCUUUUGUUCAUGGACAAGUGUUUCUCACUGUUCACUGGCUCAUGUAUUUCAAAAUUAUUGUCUUUGGAAAAAGACAACAGAAUCCUGAAAGCUUGACGUUCUGAACCUCCUCUUCCUCUUCCCGUGGAAUUAAGAAAAUUAAGACCGGAUUUGCAUACCACAUUGAAUUCCUGAGAAAGUCCUAGAGACAUGGGAGGUUACAGACUUUCUUUCCACUGUGCAAACAUUGUAGUUGUGAUCAGCUAAUAGAAACUUUUCUUUGGGUGUCUAACCUGUUUUAUUUCUUUGCUGCAAUUAACUUUUCAUGUCAAGUAACUUUAUGACAAUAAUGGCUAUUUAUGUUUUGUAAUUAAAUUAACCUGUUUAUAACUAUUGUUUGGAUUGAUUUGGCUUUCAGAGUACUUUUCUAUUCUUUUUAACAAAGUCUUGUUUGUGUGUUGAUGUACCAUUUUUAGCACCUGUGAGUUUUGUAGCGUCUGUGGAGAAGUACUCUUCCCUUGCAAAACUGAGACUUGGAACAGGCUGUUCGGAAAGCCAUUUUCUCUCUUCAUUGCACAGCUAAAAUAAUGAAGUAAAAUAGAGAUCAAACUUUUCUUUAAAAAAUCUAUAGGGCCAGACUUAAUCAAGUAAAUGCCUUAUUCCUAGAACCUGCAUCCUUAGGGCUAACAUAUAGAUUUUAAUGUGUUUUAAAGAAAGUGAAAAAUUAAUUUAUGAAAAAGUUAUAAAAAGGCAGAUAUAUUUAUGAAACUGAAGUAAAGCUGUAUUGUGGAUCAAAUUAUAUUUAAAGAGUUUAUUAAACUUUAAAUAUAUGUUAAGAGCAAAGAGACUUUAAUCAUCUCUUUCCGAAGGCAAUAAUGGUAUUGGGCCUGGCCUAUGAUUUAAUUUUGUAAGAUGUAUCAUCACUUGUGAAAAAAAAAAUAAUAAUGUAGAGUUGACUCUUUGUUAUUUUUACCUGGACUGUUGACACAACUCUGCAUUGAACAAAUAAAGCAUAUUUAUUUAUUCUGUGUUUCAUGAA